GCCAUUUCCAAGCCCAAACUUUUAGAAUCUUGACUGCUCGACGAGCUCGAACAAAGGCCAAUUGAAGCGCAACCAUGGCAGCCAGGACUCUCAGAAUUGGCCUGAUUCCCGGCGAUGGCAUCGGCAAAGAAGUCAUCCCCGCCGGCCGUCGUAUCCUCGAAGCACUUCCGGCUUCGCUCGGCCUGAAAUUCGAGUUCGUCGACCUCAAGGCCGGCUGGGAGACCUUUGAACAAACCGGCGUCGCGCUUCCCGAGGAGACGGUCUCGGUCCUCAAAUCCGACUGCGACGGUGCGCUCUUCGGCGCCGUCAGCUCCCCGACCAAGGCCGUCAAGGGCUACUCGUCGCCAAUUGUCGCGCUGCGGAAAAAGCUCGAUCUCUACGCCAACGUCCGCCCCGUCAAGACGGUCGUCACCGCGCCCAAGCCCAUCGACAUGGUCAUUGUCCGCGAAAACACCGAGGACCUGUACGUCAAGGAGGAAAAGACGUACGACACCCCGCAGGGCAAGGUCGCCGAGGCCAUCAAGCGCAUCUCGCAGCGCGCCAGCAGCCGCAUCGCCACCAUGGCCGGGGAAAUCGCCCUGCGGCGCCAAAAGAUCCGCGCCGGCGGGGCUCCAUCCAUCCACAACGGCCCGCUCGUCACUAUAACACACAAAUCCAACGUGCUGUCCCAGACCGACGGUCUGUUCCGGUCCACGGCGCGCGAGGCGCUCGCCGCGGCACGGUUCCAGGACUCUGGCGUCGCCGUCGAGGAGCAGAUUGUCGACUCGAUGGUGUACAAGCUGUUCAGGCAGCCCGAGGCGUACGACGUGAUUGUCGCGCCCAACCUGUACGGCGACAUCCUGUCGGACGGCGCCGCGGCGCUGGUGGGGUCCCUGGGCCUCGUCCCCAGCGCCAACGUCGGCGAGGGUUUUGCUAUUGGCGAGCCCUGCCACGGCAGCGCGCCCGACAUCCAGGGCCAGGGCAUCGCCAACCCCAUUGCAACCCUACGCAGCGCCGCGCUGAUGCUGGAGUUCCUUAACGAGGAGGCUGCGGCUGCGAAGAUCUACGCCGCCGUGGAUGGAAACCUCGAGGAGGGCAAGCUUCUCAGCCCUGACCUGGGCGGCAAGGCUACGACGGAGGAAGUCGUUCAGGAUGUUCUGAGGCGGCUUUAAAUGCGGAUGCCAGAUUCAGAAGCACGAAGAGCAGGGAAACUCGGAGUACAUCCGUGCUGUGAUAUAUACUCCAUCCUUUUGUAAAUAUAUGGAUUUUAUUGGGAUCAGGGCAUGGAAAAAAGAGGCACAUGCGAUGAAAUCCUGAGUGCAAGAGGGAAAACAGGGAAAAGGAGGUUGUUGAGGCCUGAUAGUUGACGGACCGCAUUUCGGGAGUAAAGAGACAAGGGCCAUGUUAAUUGCAAGUACAGUAAUAUACUCAUCGCGUGU